AUGGCUGAAAAUUUGGGAAACUGUGCUAAUAAUGGUGAAGGUGCUGCAGAAAUUCCAAGGGAGCAAGGACCAAGAACAUUAAGAGAUUAUGUACUUCCUACUGUUACAGGAGUGCAUUCACGCAUUAGACCUCCAACCAUUGUUGCCAACAAUUUUGAGAUUAGGCCAGCCAUCCUUCAAAUGGUCCAAACAACUGUUCAGUUUGGAGGUCUGCCAACAGAGGACCCCAAUUUACACAUUGCUAAUUUUCUGGAGUUAUGUGCAAAGUUCAAGAUGAACGAGGUGAGAGAUGAUGCUAUAAGAGUGAGGUUAUUCCCAUUUUCACUGAGGGAUAGGGCGAAGAGUUGGCUGAUAUCUUUACAGGCGAAUUCUAUCACUACAUGGGAGGAGUUAGCUCAGAAAUUCCUUGCCAAAUUCUUUCCUCCAGCAAAGGCUGCAAAGUUAAGGGCAGAAGUUAAUCCUAAAGAACGGUGUCAAGCUAUUACUUUGAGGAGUGGAACGAGGAAUGAAGGACCAAAGAAGAAUCGGUUGGAAGAAGAAGAAGGUCAGAAGGGAAAUACUCAAGGUAAAGAGGAACAUAAGUUUAAUGAUGAAAAGGUUACUGAGGACCUUAAGAAAGAAGAGGAGACCCCACAUGUAAGUAUUGAGCACCAUAUUAGAAUUCCAUAUACACAAAGGCUUUGCAAGCAUAAUUUGGAUAAGAAAUUUGCAAAGUUUUUAGAGGUGUUCAAGAAGCUACAUAUUAAUAUACCGUUCGCAGAAGCAUUAGAACAAAUGCCCAGCUAUGUAAAGUUUAUGAAGGAGAUUCUCACUAAUAAAAGAAAGAUGGGUGACUACGAAAUAGUGGCAUUAAUGGAAGAAUGUAGUGCGAUUUUGCAAAGGAAACUUCCUCAAAAGUUACGAGAUCCUGGGAGUUUUACCAUUCCAUGCACGAUUGGGGAGUUUGAAGGUAAGCAUGCACUUUGUGAUUUGGGGGCAAGUAUUAAUUUAAUGCCUUUGUCAGCAUUCCGUAGACUUAGUUUGGGGGAAGCCAGGCCAACCAUAGUAACAUUGCAGCUGGCUGAUAGAUCUGUGAAGCAUCCACGAGGUAUUAUAGAAGAUGUAUUUGUAAAGGUGGAUAAGUUUAUAUUUCCAGCUGAUUUUAUAGUUCUUGAUAUGAAGGAGGAUGAAAAUGUUCCUAUUAUUUUGGGGAGACCCUUUUUAUCAACUGGGAAAGCAUUGAUAGAUAUGCAAAAAGGAGAGUUAAAGCUAAGAGUUCAAGGGGAAGAAAUGGUCUUUAAUGUAUUUAAGACUAUGACUUAUCCUAAAACAAGUGAUAGUUGUUUCUCAGUUGAUGUGGUAGAAGAAGUAGUAGGAAGAAAAGAAGUAAUUGAGGAUCCUCUUAAAAUAAGCCUUACAGUUGAUGAUGUAGAUGGUGAGGAAAACGAAGAAGCGAUGAGUUAUUUGAAGUGGAUAAAAUCAUUUGAGCCAUGGAGCCAUAAGAAAUUUGAAGAGUUGGGUGAGGGACCGGAAAGACCAUUACCAUCGAUUGUGAAGCCACCUGUUUUAGAACUGAAAGUUUUACCCGACCAUCUCUGUUAUGCUUAUCUUGGUGAAAAAGAGACUCUUCCGGUUAUAGUUUCAUCACUUCUUUCGGAAGAAGAAGAGGAGAAGUUAUUGAGGGUGUUGAAGGCUCAUAAAACAGCUAUAGGGUGGACUCUGGCUGAUAUAAGAGGAAUUAUCCCAUCAACAGUUAUGCAAAGAAUUCUCAUGGAAGAUGAUGCAAGACUGACUAUUGAUGCUCAACGAAGACUUAAUCCAACAAUGAAAGAAGUGGUGAGAAAAAAGAUUUUGAAAUGGUUAGAUGCUGGAGUGAUUUACCCUAUUUCUGAUAGUGCGUGGGUGAGUCCAGUACAAGUAGUACCUAAGAAGGGUGGUAUGACGGUGGUGAAGAAUGAAAGUAAUGAAUUGAUUCCAACAAGGACUGUGACGGGUUGGAGGAUCUGUAUAGACUAUCGGAAGUUAAACAAGAUUGUAAUUGCAUCGGAGGAUCAAGAGAAGACGACGUUUACAUGUGCGUAUGGGACUUUUGGUUUUAGAAGGAUGUCAUUCGGGUUAUGUAAUGCAGCAGCCACGUUUCAACGAUGUAUGAUGGAAAUAUUUUCUGACAUGGUUAAGAAGGGGAUUGAAAUUUUUAUGGAUGAUUUUUCGGUUUAUGGGUCCUCUUUUGACACGUGUUUGACUAAUUUGGAGCUGGUGUUGAGGAGGUGUGAAGAGUCGUAUUUGGUGCUUAAUUGGGAAAAGUGCCACUUUAUAGUAAAUGAGGGAAUUGUAUUGGGGCACAAGAUUUCUAAGAAAGGCAUUGAAGUGGAUAGGGCAAAAAUUUCAACGAUAGAGAAUUUGCCACCACCGAUACUUAAGGAGAAAUUGAUCUCAGCACCUAUAGUUGUUGCGCCUCAACGGGAUUUUCCAUUUGAACUGAUGUGUGAUGCCAGUGAUUUUGUGGUUGGGGCAGUGUUGGGACAAAGAGUUGACAAGGUCUUUAGAACGAUUUAUUAUGCAAGUCGUACCGUGAAUGAUGCUCAAAUGAAAUACGCAACUACAAAAAAGGAGUUGUUGUCCAUAGUGUUCGCUUUUGAUAAAUUUAGGCCAUAUUUGAUUGGGAAUAAGGAUAAGAAGGGUACUGAGAAUUUGGUGGCUGAUCACUUGUCUAGAUUGGAAGUUGAUGAAGAUUCUCAUGAUAAAGAAGUUCAGAUUAAUGAUGCUUUUCCUGAUGAGCAGCUAUUUGAAUUAAGUGUUUCCAAGGACGUUCCAUGGAGAUGUGUGCCCGAAGAGGAGAUGAUGUCUAUCUUAACUCACUGUCAUAGUUUGCAUUGCGGCGGUCAUUUUGGCGGAACAAGAACAGCAGCAAAAGUUUUGCAAAGUGGGUUUUACUGGCCUACAUUAUUUAAAGAUGCUAAUGAUUUUGUUAAAAGUUAUGAUCGUUGUCAACGGACUGGGAAUAUAUCUAGAAGAGAUCAAAUGUCGAUGACUGAUUAUGUUUCUAAAUGGGUAGAAUCUGUAGCAACCCCAACUUGUGAUGGGAAGGAAGUACUUAAAUUCCUUCAUAAAAAUAUCUUUACUCGAUUCGGCACCCCCAGAGCAAUUAUUAGUGAUCAGGGAAGUCAUUUUUGCAACAAGUGGUGCACUGCUCUUUGUGCUCUCUAUGGUGUUCAUCAUCGAAAGGCGUUAUUCUAUCACCCAAUUGCAAAUGGCCAAGCUGAAGUGUCGAAUAGGGAAAUAAAAGGUAUCUUGGAAAAGAUAGUAAAUACUUCAAGGAAGGAUUGGUCGAAGAGGCACGAUGAUUCACUGUGGGCAUAUCGCACUGCAUUCAAAACUCUGAUUGGUAUGUCACCAUAUCGAUUGGUGUUUGGUAAGGCUUGUCAUCUACCGGUGGAACUGGAGCAUAAUGCUUAUUGGGCUGUGAAGAAGUUAAAUAUUGAUCUCUUCAUGGCGGGGCAGAAUAGGCUUAUGGAGUUAAAUGAGCUUGAAGAAUUCUGA